CAAAGCUUAUUCCAAACACAAAAAAUGUAACAUAAACCAUGUUAUAACAGCAUAAAAAUACAAACAGGCGCAAGUAAAAUAAAUAAUCCCAUAAUCACGCAAAACCCCUUUUCGGUUACCGGCGGCCAUUUCAUUCGCCGGAACCCUUGAAUUUUCCUCCUUAAUCCUUAAAUUUCCGGCGAUUAUUCUCUACCGUUUAUCACAAAAUGUCACGUUUUCCAACUGAUCGAUACGAUGAGCAAAGAUUAAUUCAAGAAGUUCUCUACCUCCAUUCUCUUUGGCAUCAAGGACCUCCUCGACCCCACCCCCACCCCUACCCCCCUAUCCCAACCCCUACCCCAACACCAACACCAACCCCAGUGAGUCUACAACCCUCCAGUUCAAUCCAAUUUAAGAAACAGAAGAAAAAAUCCAAAAAGCUCAAAGAAACAAUUACAGAUUCUGGUAUUGAAUGGCCUUGUCCCAAAACCCCAACUGAAACCCCUGUAGUAACGGAUUCGGGUUGGCCCACUUUCACAACCCAGUUAAAUGCCCAACCCCAUUUGCCUACUUCCCAAGAAUUGUCCCAUUUCGCCUCGAAUCAAGCCCAUCAACAUGCUUUGAAAGCUGUAUCUGAAUACUUAAGGUGCUCAACUAAUGAUGAGGAUGAUGAUAAUGAUAGUGAAAAUGAUGAUGAGGUUGAUGAGGGGGAUAAAGAUUAUAACUUUUUCGCGAAAUUGUUUAGGGAAGAUGGUGUAUUGAGAGAGUACUAUGAGAAGAACAAAGAGAAUGGUGGUGAAUUUAGUUGUCUUGUGUGUUGUGGGGUUGGUAAGAAAGGGUGGAUGAAGAGGUUUAAGGAUUGUGUGGCUCUUGUUCAGCAUUCUAUUACUAUAGCUAACACGAACACGAGGCGAGCUCAUAGGGCUUAUGGUCAGGUCAUUUGCCAAGUUCUUGGAUGGGAUAUUAAUAGGCUUCCGUCGAUUGUUUUAACUGCAGGUGAUAAUAAGUCUAGUGAAUCUUCUGAUAAACUGGCAGAGGCACAGGGGAAUGAGAAUGAUGGUGGUAAAAAUGGUUUGAGUGGUCAAAGCAAUACCACAGAUACUGUAAAUGUUGGCAGCAAUGAAUUAUCUCAGCGGAAAGAGUCUUUAAGUACCGAAAACCAGCAAGAAAAUGGUGAUGGCUCCACAGCAUUAGAGCACAACUCCUUGAAUGAAGUCAAUGUCAGCAAUGCUAUUCUUGAAAUAGCAAAAGAGAAUGCCGAGGGUGCAUGUCUGGGGAAUGAGAAUGAUGGUGGUAUAAACGAUUUGAGUGGUCAAAGCAAAACCAUAGAUGCUGUAAAUGUUGGCAGCAAUGAACUAUCUCAGCAAAAAGAGUCUUUCAGUACUGAAAACCAGCAAGAAAUUGGUGGUCGUUCCACAGCAUUAGGGCACAAUCCUCCGAUUGAAGCCAGUGCUAAUCGAAGCUUGGAAGAUGUUAGCAUUGGUAUUCCCGAAACAGCAAAAAAGAAUGCCGAGGGUGCAUCCAAUUGUCUGGAACCGUUGCAAGAGGAUAGGAUUGUUGCAGAUGGACAAAGUAUUUAAAAUGGAUGAUGUUUCUAAAGAGACAACAAUCAUUAGUGACAACAAUUGGUGGCCAUAUUAUUCAAGAACUUUGAGAAUGCAAGCUGAAAUGGUUUACAUGUUUUAUAGAGAUGUUUGUUAGAUGAAUGAGGAACAAUUUUAACUUUAGGUUAGUGAUCUAGGUGAACCAGUUUGUCUAAGAAGACAUUACUGUUAAUCAGAUGAUACCUUAGUGAUUUCUCUUUAUUAAAGUGCAGCUCUGUA